UCACAGAUCAAGAUGCAGCGAUGGCAAAAGCUAUACCUAGAGUAUUCACAUCAUCAUAUCAUGGGCUGUGCACCUUUCAUAUAAUGCAAAAUGCUGCUAAACAUUUAUCUCCAGUAAAAGACAAGGACAAUGAAGAAUGUGAAGAGGAAGAUGAAUGCGAAGAGGACAAUGAAGAAUCUCAUAUUCUCAAAGAUUUUAGUGCAUGUAUGUAUGGCUUUGAGGACAAGACAACAUUUGAAGAAGCAUUUGACAUCAUGAGAUCUAAAGUGCGUAAACAAACUUGGUUAGAUAGCAUCUACAAGGUGAAGGAGAAAUGGGCUGAAUGUUAUAUGAGAAAUGUCUACACUUUGGGAGUGAGAAGCACACAAUUAAGUGAGAGCUUCAACAACGCGUUAAAGAACCAUCUGAAAUCAGAUUUUGAUAUUGUUCGAUUUUUAAAACAUUUUGAGAGGACAGUGCAAGAAAAAAGAGAUAAGGAGCUGGAGGCUGAAUUUGAGGCAAGGAAAAAAAUACCAAGAAGACUAAUGAGCACACCUAUGCUGAUGCAAGCAAGCAAAGUGUAUACUCCAGCUAUUUUUGAAGCUUUCCAAAGUGAAUAUGAAAGAUCCAUGGCUGCAUGCAGUAAGGUAUUGGAUGGAAAUACAUAUGGCAUUGCUAUUGGGAGUUUAAAUGGUGAUAGCUUUGAGGAGGAGCGCAUAGUUACAUGUGAUCCUUCAAAGCAAAUUGUGUCUUGUAGCUGUGGAAUGUUCAGUAGAACUGGAAUAUUAUGUGCACAUGGUUUGAAAGUUCUUGAUUUAAUUAACACAAAGACAUUGCCGGCACAUUAUAUAUUACCGAGAUGGACUAGAGAAGCAUGCAAAGGAAAUAUACAAGAUAGUCAAGGAAUGAACAAUAUAUGUUGUAAUAAGCCCGCAGCUGCAAGACAGACAAUACCUUUCCUUUUGUAUCUAUUUCAGUUAGUGUCCUGAAGAUAUAAAGUAUGAACUUGUUAAUUGGGGCAAGUUCUUAAAGAGUUCAGGGGAU